AUGCCUCCGCCUGAUGCAGAUCUUCAUCCCGUGGCCACCGGCCUGGCGAAGAAAACGGUAGAUGGCAUUCCGUACCAAUACAUUGAAGGCAAGUCCGUAACUAUACAUCCGUACACGACAACCGGAAACCCCCCGUUGACACAUAGUCCAGUGAACCCGUACCACAAGGGCGAGGACCUGCUCCGCUCCAACCCGCGCGGCCUGGUCCCCACCCUCGAGGUCGCCCCGGGCAAGUCCCUCUACGAGAGCAUCGUGCUGCUCGAGUACCUGGAGGACGCCUUCCCGGACCACCGGCCCCUGCGGCCCGCCGACGACUACCAGCGGGCGCGCGCCCGCAUCUGGUCCGACUUCGUCACCAGCCGCGUCAUCCCGGCCUUCCACCGGCUGCUGCAGUUCCAGCCAUCGCGGGUUGAGGGCGGCGGCGGCGGCGGCGAGGACCGUCUGGACGCGCUGCGGGCCGAGUACCGGGCCAAGCUGCUCGAGUUCGCGCGCGACAUGGAUCCGGCCGGCCCGUUCUUCCUGGGCCCCGAGCUCACGACCGUCGACCUGGUCAUGGUGCCCUGGGCGCUGCGCCACUGGGUCUUCGACCGGUUCAAGGGUGGGUUGCGCAUCCCGGAGCCCGGGGCCGGCGGCCGCGACGAGGAGGCGUGGGCCAGGUGGAGGACGUGGCUCGAUGCCAUGCAGCAGAGGGACAGCGUGCGCAACACGACCAGCGAGGAGCAGUACUACCUGCCCAUCUACAAGAGAUAUGCGGAUGACGAGGCGCAGAGCGAGCUGGCCAAGGCUACAAGGGAGGGGCGGGGUGUGCCAUAG